CAAAGAUGUCUGGCACUGACGUCUGGGUCGUCGAGGACUCGUCUGAAGCCGAGACAGAGGAAGAUCGGCACAGGGACGUGAAACUCGAACCAAACAUCAGUUUGGGUGACCAAGCCACUUCCCUUGCCUUAUCCAAGCUAGAAGAGCCCAUACAUCGACGAUCAUCCAGCAGCUUUGAGGGCUUAACACCAGACGAAGAGGCAGAACUUGUGGUCUUAUGUUCUCAGCACGAAGAAAUCUUGGCUAGCCCAAGGGUUACGAUCCGGGGAGCGCAAUCCGCCCAAACCCAGCCAGCACGAGGAGAGAGCCAAGUCAUCCAUACAUUCUCACUGCCACAAGACGAUGUAGUACACCAAAAAGUCCUUUCGGAACAUCAUAAUGGAAAGGAUUCUGCCCGAAACUUAACAGGUCCAGUUUCUAAUACGCUGGGGGAUGGCCAUCACCGUAUUCCAGAUGUUCAAGCAGACUUGAACAUCAUACAUGGUAGCUAUCAUCGAGACAUGCAUACGAACGGGGGCCUGGGUGACGAAUAUGGCUUAGUUGUACCCAGGACUAGUACUAUGGCGUUUAAGAAGACGGAAUCCAGCAAGGCCAAGUCAAAAGAGCUUGGAAGUUUAAUGAUUUCAGUCCGCUCGGAAGAGGUAAAAGAACCUCCAGAAGUUUUUAUUCCAUCAGACAAAAUCUGGGAGCGAUUGCGCAAGCAUUUCAUCAAUGCGUCAAAAGACAUCCCGUUCGCCAGCCACAAAAUCCUCAAGGAUGCUACAAACCCUGGCCUGCAUAUCACGUCUAAAGCUGGCACUUUUCUUGGAACAAUUGGCUUUCCACUUUCUGCAGGAGAUAUUACGACAAUCAAACUUAUCAGUGGUCAUUUAGAUAGAGAUGGUACAACUACAGAUGCUAUCUCUCGAAAACAAGAUGCAAGAUCUGCUUCAUCAAAUGGCGUCUGGGAGAUUACUUCAGACAUGUGGGAAGCGAAGAAUCCAUCGUGGGAAAAGCUACUCGACACUAUCUGCUCGAAUCUGAAGAAAAAGCUGGGUGACCAGGCUACCAGAAAAGGCAUGGCAUUCACAAAAUCGUAUUUGUUCUUGUAUGAACGGGGAAGCAAAAUUGCUUCAACUAAGGCAAGAUUUCCGCCCUCGGCCUUCACGUUUGGCACUUUAAAUACUAUGCUUCCGACUCAGGAUUCCAGAUUUGAAGCGCAAUUUGUUCACGAUGGCAAUGUUUCGCAAUUUUCUACCGCAGACACAUCAGAAUAUGAUUGCUGUGCUUUUGCUUGGUUAUCUACUGUAGACAUGUCGAUGUCUUCGCCAACCUCGGGUUGCCGUGUUGUCUUGCAAUAUGACCUCGAGCGCGACAAACCGGGACCAAUAUACACACUGCCAACCAAGGACCAAGCCCUCGAGGAGUUGAGCGACAUGUUAAGAAGUUGGGAUCGACAUAAAUAUUCAAUCAAGGCGGAAGCGAUAUUCCUUGCUCUGGACGACUUAUAUGAGAGCAAACACUUCGUUGACAACACAUCUCCACCUGACCCGUCAGAAUUCUUUGAGAGCGAUCGUCCCAUUGUGAACCAGCUUCGAGAAGCUUGCAAACAGAACGGUUGGUGUAUGUACUUGGCGCACUUGGUGAAGACUUCUGAGAGAUUCGAGAGACCGAGUUACACAAUACCCGGUGGCCGCUUCCAGCCCGAGCUCUAUUUCGAUUCCAACGAGGGAGAUGAGGACGAGCCCGAUUUCGAUUCCGACGAGGAAGAUGAAGACAAAAUGGAUGAUGAGGAAGAAGAGGAGGAAGACGAGGUAGAAAUAAAGCUCGUCGACUUCGUGAAUAUAGAGGGCGAAGACCACUUUUACCCAGUUAGCAUGUCUCUUGAUGAGACUGAUCUCUUAUUCACAAAUCCCGAAUGUAUCGAUGAGGAGAGUCCUGAUAGUAAUGAGGAUGGUCUGAAGCUAUGGGACAGGACCGUCGUGGUUGUUCUCCCGCAAGUAUUCUGAUUACAAUUCUUCUUGAAACAUGGUGCAGGCGAGAGCAUACUCAAGCGAUUUCUCUGCCACCACCCCGAUGUUGGAGAAGAGUUGACGGAAGACGCACGAAAAGUUUGUAGUAAAGCCUUAGGCAACAUGCAUCUGCGCCCCGAGAAGUACGAGAUGUCGACCUUUCAUAAAGACGUACUUUUUGCCAUUGUACAAUUUGAUAACCGAACCAUGCUACGACGGGCUCUUCCUCUGGCUUUUUCAACGAAACAGGCCUUUUCAAUUGUGUCCAACAUGAUUGAUAAUCAAAGCACUGGGUGGUUGCGAUGGUCG